GGUUGAUGAGGCGACAAGCUGCUCGGCCAGACUAUCCACCGAUGAUCACCUCCAUCUUCACGACUUCCUCUUUCAUCUUCUCCCUAUAAUUUCGAAAAAGAUAAACCGACAUUUUCUUGUUCUCUUUCAUUUCAGGGACCAAUCACGAAAUUACAACUACAACAAGAAUCAAUCAGAGAGGUAGACAGAGGCAUAUGGAAGAGAAGAUCACAUUGUCCUAGUAGAACCUGCUCACAAUAAGCUAAUCCUUUUAAUACCGAAGAAGUUGUUAUAAUAGAACAGAAGGAACACGACCAACACAGCAGCUCAUUCAACAACAUCAUGGUCGAGAUACGUGCUCGUUCUCCGCCUGCUCGAGGAAGUGGUCGGCAGUAUGGAUCACACAAGAAUGGCAUGAAAAGCGGAGGCGGAUAUGGAGUUAUGACAAAGUGAAGAAGAAAAGAUGAGAGAGACUUCUUAGUAGUUCUUAAUUGAUACUGAUGUAGUGUCUCAGUCAUGUAUCCUAGGUGGUUAGUUUUAAUUUCUAUCAUGUAUCUUAGGUUAGUUUUAAUUUCUCUCAGGUUACUAGUCACUCAAUCUUCUUCCAAUUAAUUACUGACCGAGUUUUCAAGCAUCCCUUUGUUUUGUUCGUCCGCUUUUCCCCUUGAUAUUGAUCAAGACAGGGAGAAUGACAGCUCCCCUGUUCAUCUUGAUACAACCGAUUAAGGACGACACGAAAUGACCAUGAUGUCCGCGGCAAGGUGGAACAUGAUCAUGAAAAUAACCGUUUUUACCUGAGCCCCCUUUCUCUCAUUCUAACAAAUGUCUCGGUGGUUACAACAGUGCUCAUGCGUCUUAUGGUGCCAGUUUUUCGAGUAAGGGAACGACAAUCCAAGCAACCGGACAAUGGCCUCGCGACGAGCUUAAUGACGAUGGAGGGAUUGUCUCCAAAGAUUGGGUACUUGUUAAUAUAAGGAAGUUGGUUCAUCUUAAUAAUUUCUUGUUCUUUUGCACUUCCACGACCUGCUUCUUUUCUGCCACUUGCUUCUUUUCCACGACCUGCUUCUUUUCUGCCACUUGCUUCUAUCUUUACACCGCCUGCUUCUUUUUCACCACCUGCCACAGACAUACAAGCAAGAAGAAGAGCGUGUGUGGAAGAUACUGAAGAGGAAGAUGACCAGCCCUUUUCGCGAUGGCAAGUGGACUAAAAUAUCCGCCACCAUUGUUACAGGACUGCUCAUCUGGCUCUGCACUGCUGCCUACAUGAUGGCGUGGACGUAUCCCUUAAGGCCAAUACUUAAUAGAUGAGUUGUAUUAGAAAUCUACUAACAACUUCUCCUUCUCCAGUUGUUUUUGUUUGAUUAUCGAUCUCACUGUGGUGCUCAUCUGGAACGCCGCGUGUUAUUUCUUUUUUUUGUAGUACUAGUAGUGGAAAAUAGAGGAAUUUCGAGCGAAAUAGGAAAAGGAGUGACCCUCUUCAAUCGAGGAAAGGGGACUCUGAAAGAUCACGAGGAUGAUGAAAACUAAAAUUGAAACUACUCUACUGCAACCUCUAAAGAAGCCGCAUCCAGUAAAAACCCGAAACUGGCCGUGUCAUUACAUCCACUCCCUUCCGAACGUUGUCAUGCGAGCAGGCGGUACAACUUCAAGCACUUGACUACAGAAGAAAAACUCGAUGAUGCAGGUCACACUGUGGACAGCGAACCACCUCCUAUCCUAUCCUAAACAAAGAUUACAACUUGAAUACGGCAAUAAGGGUCCCUAGUUUUUUAUCUAUCCCAGCACAGGCAAUCAUGGAAUCCCACACGACAACUUUUCAUCUAUCCUACAAUUCAUUGCAUUCCACCUAUCAACAUCCAUCAUCUAGUUAGUAAUGACUACCAACGCCCCUCUUCAUCUAGUAAAUAGAAAUAUCGUACUAAAAUCACAACGCCCACAGUCAUUCCGAUCCCGCUUAGUUUGACCUACAUGGUUGCCGGUGUAGGCCGAUUUCCGUGUACGACGUUUUUUAACAUGUUCUGCUGCUUUUGCCAUCUCUUCUGCGGUUUCUGCCUCUGGUUCAUCGCGGUAGCCGACGAAUUGUUAAGGCCAGAAAAUUUUGAUUUUGUUUUCAUCGUAGUACAGAUCGCGCAUUAAUAGCUCUAGUAGACACAUCAUCAUCGCUAGAAUUACGUGCUUGGAUUGAUGAGGUAGAUGAAAUUUGUAACUCCAGCUUCUAACCUUUCCAGGCAUGGACCAAGUAACAGAUGCGUACGGGAUCCGAAGCUACACGCCAUUUCACGCAGUCUCAGCGACAACUGGAUACACGCUAAUUGAGAUUGCGCGUGAUUUCUCAUCACUCAUGUGCAUCGCAGAUGCCGUCAUCAUCACGCACUUUUACAAGCAGUGGAAAAAACAGAACGUACAACUCCUGCUUUUUUUUCUCGUUGUAAAAUAAAAGAAUUGAGCAUGGAAUUGUGGUUUUUGUUUACAACACUGAAAUUCUCAUCGUGGUUAAUCAAUGCUCCUGUAAGAACUCGCAUGAUGUUUCUCCGAGGAUAAUUAUGAAUUAAAAAAUGUCCAAGAAUAUUCAGCAGAUUCACUGACUUUACUUUCAUGAAUCACCCAAUCACAUCUUCAGUCUGAGCGAGAGGUUGAGGAUUCACAGAGGAUGGCCCAGAUAGUGAUUGAAUCAGUCGAAAACCGCAAAAAUGGUGUGCCAUUAAACGAGGCUACGCAAAGAGAAUUAGCUCUCUUCCAACGCCGACAGUGGACUCAGAAAGCAUUCCAGAAACUCGUUUUUCUCCUGCAGAUAAUUGCAGUCCUGUCGAUCAUGCAGAUAUUUAGUAUUUUAUGGCUCAAAAUCAAAAACAACAUCUUCAACAUCGGAUUCUAAUUCUAAACCUGUAGGAGACGUCGCAGCUGUUCUCUUUCCCAGAACGUACGAGCUUUGACUUACUUAUCUGAAUCUCUACUUCUCAUUGUCUGACCCCCUCCCUAGGCACAUCUCUACUCCGCUUUCUUUCUCUUUCUCUGUCUCUCUCUCCUACCCCUACGACCUCUCUUCUAUUUUUAAAUGUACGACCCAGCACAUCAUCGAUCACGACCUGUAUCUGAAUCUCUCCUCUUCCACGUUCUAAUGCUCUUCCACGUUCUGCACGAUCACGGAGCGCAUAACUGGGUAUUUGUUAAGCUUCGACUAGUCGAAAAAGAAGGUCAUCCUUACGAGUUUCAAGCACCACUCCUAAUCGACCUGAUGUGGACACUGGGUUACUUCUACCUCGGUACAUUUAUACCAUUCGCGGUUGCGCAGUGCUAUGAUUAAACCUCCAUAAGAAGUACAGCGUUGUUUAACUUUGUUUAACGUUCAGUAUGAUGAUAUGAAUAUGAUGUUGUGAGAACUGAACAGUGGGGUUUUUUAACUCUACUGUAGUGAAGACGUUACGUGGAAAAACCUCGAGGGAAUAAGGCUGAGACCAUGCUGAUCGUGCCUAUUCUUGAGUAAAUUCAAAAGUAGUUAACGACUGGCAUUUGUGCAUUUUAGAUGAGAUUCAAAUUCCUAGAAGUAAAGUACUUAACCAUUAUAGACGUAGUCCUGGCAUUACAUGAUGACCGACGAUAAAACAUAAUCUUCGACCUCAUACAAGUAAUCAUGAUCAUAUUUGCAUGUUGAAAUUACUACGUGAUUUCUAGUACACGACUUAUCUCUACGAGAACAACUCUAUGAUCCAUGCUGCAGAGCAUCUAGUAGUACCCAGAAGAGAUUUUUAGAAGAGAAAGACUGCUAAUGUAGUCAGUCGCCGUGCACAGAAACAUUAGAAUCCAAUAGUACCCUACGUACAUUGGCAUUGCAUAUUACCCAGCACUCAUCAUGUAAAGUUGAAUAGAUACUUCUUAUUCUUGUACACUUACACUCUCUGAGCUUGCCUAAUCUUAACGAGACAGCAUUUUCUGCUCCCUCCCUCCGAAUCCAAUAAAUAUGAUAGAUUUUCACCUCGAACAAGGACGGUUGCGUUAAUUCGCUCGAGUAUGCAGGUAAAACUGUGGACGGCGGACUGAAUCCUAAUGCUAAUCCUAAGGACGGUCUCUAUAUCCAUGCAUAUUCGAUGCCCACAUCGAAAAAGCACUCACAUUCAUCACCACAUUGAUUCCACAUCGCCAUAGCCAGUCACAUUUGCUCACCACAAAUCGAGACAGACAAGAAAUGUCAAGAUGCAACUAUGCCACGAAGAGCGAUCAAAGUCGUAUCAUGAAGGAGAAGUUGUAAAGAACAUCUCAAUUAUCAAGGAGAAUUCAAUUCUCACGACUACACACUCAC